GUUUUUUUUACUAUUCAUCUUUAGUUGAGGGGUUUAAUUACUAUAAACCCUAAUAAAAAAUAUUUAAAAGAUCAAAACUUCAGCUAGAAUCCAAAAGCAAAGGAGAAGAAGGUAUCAUGUGCCAUUUUUGAGUUAUUAUUAUUAAAAACAUGAAUAAGUAAGAACCAGAAUUAAUAAAUAAAAAGUUCAAUAAAAAAGAAUCAGAAAAAAUCAUUUUUCCUCUAUCUUUCUGCAGAUGUCCAUGAUGAUUAUUAUUAGAGAGAGACAGGAACAACAAGAAACCAUCUAGAAGAAGGAAACAUAACAUCAUUAUAUAGUUUUUAAGGGCAUUUCCAAUAGCACACAAAAAUUCAUUUAUAUUUCAUACUAAAAUAUAUCAAUUCUAUUAUAGAGUUUGAUUUGAUUUAAUUGUUCAUUCUAUAAUAGAGUUAAUCUAUAAUAGAGUGAAAUAUAUAAUAAUAUUAUUUUUUUAUUUUAUAUUGGGAGUGAAAAAACAACACACUAUAUUAUAAAGUAAUUUUAUUAUAGAGUGAAUUAUUUGAACAAAUCCAAAAGAAGAUUGAAAUAUAAAGAAGAUUUUUGUGUACCAUUGGAGAUGGUUUAAGGGAGGUAAGAAGAUCCGGAAGAAGCCCCAAUAGUACAAGAAACAUCAGUUAGGACCAACACAAUAUCAGGUUUUCUAGAGAGAGAAAGUUAGACUUUGCAGAGAGAGAGAGGAACCAAAAGAAAGUAAAGAGUUGCAGUGUUCUUUUUCUCCUCCUGUGAGCAGAAAGAAAUAAAGUCAAAAGUUACAGUAGAUUGCAAGAUUCUUCUUCUUCUUUGCUCAUCAGAGAUUUUGUUUUGUAGAUUCUUUUUUUCAUAAAAGAAGGAAUCGUUUAUAGGUUUAUGGUUGUAUGCAUUGGAGUUGUGUGAUGUGUUGUUUACUUAUUAGGGAAUAGAAACAAUUUUUAUUCAUUUCUAUUAGUUUUUUUUUGUAUUUAUAAUCUCUAAGGAUUAGGGUUUUGAUUUAUAUCAGCUGUGGCAACCACGAGGAGGCAUAACCUACCGACGUCGGAUUCCGGUGCCUUCACGGACUGGACGGCGGCGGCAACGACGACGACAUCUUCCCGCGCCACCGAGGAUCUAUCUCUUGGUUUCAAUGCUGGUCCCGCCGUUGUCCACGGUGGUUUAGCCUCAGCUUCCGCCGCCGCCGGCGUUCCAUCAUGGCCUCCUGGAUCCUCUGUCCGGUACGGCCUCCCGUCGGCGGCGGCGACUGAGAUGGGCAUGGUCGGUUUAAGAGACGUCUACCUUGUUGCUCCGGCGUACCACCACCACCAGAACGUUGGACUUGUAUCUGGAUCCGAUCAGAUUAAUAGUAAUGCAGCGGCGGCUUCGCUCGGCGUCGGAGUUAUUCCUCUUCUCACAGCGGCUCCGGCGCAGCAGCAGCAUCAAAACGUGGAAGACACCGACAUUAACUUCCUCGGAAACAGCCGGCGAUGGCAGCACAAUGACAGCAGCAACAACCAGACGGAGUAUCUUCACUUCAAGAGUACGACGGUGGCCUCGACUUCGAACAACUCGGGGUCGGGCUCAGCGGGAACCGCCACGUGUCAAGACUGUGGUAACCAGGCCAAGAAAGAGUGUAAGCAGAGGCGGUGCAGGACGUGCUGCAAGAGCCGUGGCUUUGAUUGUUCGACUCACGUGAAGAGCACGUGGGUCUCUGCGGCUCGUAGGAGAGAGAGGCAGGUCAUGCCCACAACGGCUGGCUCGUCUCCGUCGACCUCCUCAGGGACCAAGAAGCCGAGGAUCGCCGGGGCUCAACAACAAGCCACUUCUCAUACUUCAACUUCUAACACGCCUCCUCAAAGUUUCGAUACUAGCUCCAGCCAAAAAGACGGAGGGUCAAGAGAAGCGUGGCCGGGACAAGUUAGGGCCGCAGCGGUGUUCAAGUGUGUGAAAGUGACGGCAAUGGAGGACGGGGGCGACGAGUACGCUUACCAGGCGGUGGUGAAAAUCGGUGGACAUAUCUUUAAAGGCUUCUUGUAUGAUCAAGGGCUUGAACCUAAAGAAGGUUUUCCUAAUAUGUCGGAUUUGCAUUUAGGUGGGGGAGCCAGUAACCACAACGUUGUGUCUGCCUCGCAGCCUAUUCUCGACCCGCCAAAUGUCUAUGGUGGUGGUGGUGGUGCAGGCGCUGGGUUUUACAGUUAAACCAUAUCUAUUAAAAAAAAAAUCCAACUGGGGUUGGAUACAAAUGAAUAGUUCACUAACUCUAUUGUAUGAAUUGUUCAUGUGGACGAUACUACUUUCUAAUGCUGGAAAAAAAAUUCUCGGCAGAAAUUUUACCUUAAUUGGUGUUGGAAUGUUGUGUUUAUUUAUGUCACGUUUCUGCAAAUGUUUUUAUGCCA